AUGUCCCCAAUUCUCGCCGUCGCGACUUUCACAUACGAGCAGGACGAAGAUGGAACUGAGGUGCCGGUGUGCCUCACCCAAGCCGACACUUUCUGGUCCGCCUUGUUCUUCAUCCUGACCAUCGCGAUCUUCUUCAUCGUGCCACUCGGAGUUCUACUGGUCCUAUACAGCGUCAUCGCUAAAAACUUAAUGGAGAAUCCCGUCAUCAUCGCGCAGAGCAGCAAAAACACCAGCGGAACGGGAAACGUCAUCCGCUAUAGGAAACAAGUCAUACUGAUGUUAGCCAUUAAUCCGAUUUUAUACAAUCUGAUGUCGUCGAAGUUCAGGGACGGCUUCGUGAAGCUGUUAAAGAUAAACAAGCUGAUGAGGUGCAGUAGGAAUCUGAGGGAAACGAUGCAGAGAAGGGACACUUUUAAUACGACCACUUCGACUGGGUUUUCUAGUAGUCAGAACACUUCCGAUUCAUUCUGGAGAAGGUAUAGCAACCGAGUGUCGUCCCAGAAGAACAUACUGAACAAUAGCAAGAAAAUCAAGGAGGAGAAAGUUAAUCCAAUUAAAAUAGGCGAGAUAAUAAACGUUGAGAACACUAGACGGAACAGCAUGAAAUUCAUAGCCGCGCUAAACGAAGACGCGCAAAUAGAUAAUGAAGUAGAAAUAGCUGAUAACGAGAACAAUAAACAGAUACAAAUAUUAAAUUUAGAUGUUAAAACGAAUAGCGUUUAUUCUAUAACAUUAGACGUUAGUAAAGAAGAAUUGGUGCAACGAUACAACAAAAACUUGAACCUUAAAUUCAGAGUGAUACUGCCUUAUUUAAUUUUGGCAACAGUGCAAUUAGUUUUGCUUUUCGAUAUCAAUAACAUUCUCGAUCUAUAUGAUUUCAACAGGGAGACUCUAAAGCCUUGUUCGCACUAG